AUGACCACGGGCGAAUCCAAAUUGGAGCCUACGGACAGCAAUGGAGUGUUCAGAAACCUCAUUAGCGUCCAACCUCCUCAACCUCAAUUAGGCAGAGUAAACAUGUAUUACUCGGAAUCGCCCUACGCUGUAGUAGAAACGGACAGGUUCAAGCAAAAUGCUGGGCUAACACGCAAGGAUUUGGCCACUGAAGUUUAUUUCCCUUCAGUCAAAUUCAGAUCACAUCUUCCUGAAUUUUUCUAUGUCAAUAUUUCAAGCACCGCAAAAUGUGUAGGAGAAUAUGAAUCCAAGAAAGGACAAGAGAGACAAACAAGAAUGUACAAUUUUGCCUCCAACAUAAUGCUUUCAAGGUUAGCUGGCUGCUUUCUAAAAUCUACCAAAAUUCGCAUUUUGGGAAUUGCUAUGUGA